UAUAUAUAUAUAUACUGUUGUACUCUAGUACUGAUUACAAAGAAGCGAUCCUGCGAGAUUACGAUGAUUGCGUUCAAGCAGGCAGCUAUCACCGCUAUGCGUUCACGGGGCUUUGUAAGCGCCACUGCUUGCGUACACAAUUGUUCCCCUGCUUUAACGUUCAGAGUUAACACCUCGAGGUUGUCGUUGCCAGGAAAUAAUAGGGACAUUCCAGCACACCCGAUCUCGCUACGCACGUUUGGAACAAAGCCCAAUACCGAUGGAAAGGCACAUGCGUGCGAGUGGCCUUCUUGUGGUUAUGCUUGUGCUUUCCCUAGUACACUACGAAUUCAUAUGCGUGUGCAUACUGAUGAACGCCCCUAUCCUUGCGAAUAUCCUGGUUGUGGAAAGAGGUUCAAAAUAAGCGGCGAUCUGACAAUACAUACGCGUGUGCAUACUGGGGAACGUCCCUACGCUUGCGAAUAUCCUGGUUGUGGAAAGAGGUUCACAACUAGCAGAAAUCUGACAACACAUACGCGUGUGCAUACUGGGGAACGCCCCUACCCUUGCGAAUAUCCUGGUUGUGGAAAGAAGUUUGCAACCAGCGGCGGCCGGAAG